AUGCGCCGCCUCAGCAGCGCUCAGGCUGUGAGUCUGGUCAUAUCCAUUAGCCCUACUUUGGCGUCGUACACUCCAAUCUUUAUUGGGAACGUCACUCUACUUGGACCUCAACUCACGCCCGAUGUAAACAAUGUCUCUCGAGACGGAGGCUAUUCGUCUUUGAUCAAUGGUAACAUUGUUUGGCUCUACGAUGAUACGGAGUGUAUGGACUCGCAGGGCUCUCAACUCUCAUUCGUCUCCAAUACUGCUGCUUUCUCUGCUUCUCCCCGCGACAAUUUGACGGUCGUAAAAGAUUUUGGAGUGGUGAAUGUUGGGAAAGAGAAAGAUGGAAGCCCAAAAAAUGCAAUCCUCGCAGACACGACUGUCGGCAGUGGAGGCUGGGUGCCGUUCCAGCCAGACGAGCUUGCGUUCAACCAGCAAAUGAAGGGAAAAGAGAGAGUUGCAAUCUGGCCUGGGACUUCACCUACACCUAUUAGUGUAGACCAAGCAUUCCUCUUUGCACCUCUCGUUUACGUCGACUACAAGCCCCAAGAUCCUUCAAAGGAGUACCAAGGUCGCGGCAUGACCCUAAUCAGUAUCACAGCAUCGAAUGACGGACCUGUAGCAACUCGUCAAGGCGACCUCAUCAUCCCAGGCACUCAAAUCGGAUUCGGCGGCUUCACCACCCUUGUCGGCCGCAAAAGCGCCGAAACAGCAUCUAACGACGAUGGCGAGCGCGACCUGUACUUGCUUGGCGUCACCAACGCUGGUCUUCAACUUGCGCGUGUCGGCAUCAACAACCUCGCCACCUUCUCCUCCUAUGUGUUUUGGGACCCGUCGAGCCAGAAGUUCACCAGCACCCGCCCAAAACCCGGCAUGAUCGACAAUACGAAAAUUUACAUGCCGGGCACUUUCACCUCCGGAAGCGUCUUCUACAGCCCCUACUUUGAGACUUUUAUCAUGAUCUAUUACAACAAACACGCUGACUCCACUUUCUAUAUCCGCUUUCUCGACCUUACUCGCCCCAUUUUGAAAGACAAGACCUGGCGGCCCGGCGGAAGAGAUGGUCAAGGUAUCGAGGCCGAAGAUGUAGAAGCACUCGUCAGAUAUACUUGGUCUCCGGAGCAGAUCCUGUAUAAGUCUACUCCUGGAAAGGGCGGGUUCAACUACGCAGGGACUCCGCACCCAGAAUACUUCAAUCGGCAGUAUUUCGCCAAAUCACUGUAUCCAGACAAGACUGCGGAAAAAGAUCGGAGGAAUGAGUGGUAUGGAUCCAAUUUCAUGAGCGAGGACGAUGCCAAUGGCAAAGAUGGGAAAUUCUUGCUGCUCAGCUGGACAAGCCAGAAGAAAGGGGGCAUGGAUACGGGAAUAUACGAAAUCGUCCUCGCGGCGGUGGAAUUUGGUGAUAUUCCUGAGAAUCCCGAGAUCGAGAAGGGCGCCGAAUCCACAAAGACUACGUCGUCCUCUCCAGGUGGGGAACCGACAGCGCCGCCUGCAGCGGGCUUCAAGGCAAAAUCGAGUGCUGCAGACUCACAAGGCGGCUUUUGUAGCAUCUGGAUGCUGAUCCUCGGCCUCUUCGCUAUUAAACAUUUUCUAGAUUUAUGA